AUGGUUUUGUGCUGUACCUAUAUACCUGAAACAUAUUUUCUUAGAUUUUUUUUUCUUCCUGCAGAUGCCUGUAAUCUUACAUUUAACCCAAACUCAGCCCACAGAGAACUGUGCCUGUCUGAGUUGAACAGGAAGGUGUCAUACACAGCCCAAGCAAUGCAGUACCCAGAUCACCCGGAUAGAUUUCAGCUCUUAAGCCAGGUUCUGUGUAACGAGAGUCUGAGCCAGCGGUGUUACUGGGAAGUUUGCUUGGAGGACUCGUUACCAGAAAUUGGCAUCACAUAUCCCAAUUUUCAGAGGAAACAGGAAGACCUGGCAGUGUGGGAUGGUCAAAUAAAGCUUGGGUUAAACCCAGUCUCGUGGGCGCUCUGCUUCAGUUACAAAGGUUACACUGUCAGGCACAAUUCAGAGGACACAGUUAUAGAGAUGCCAAAGUCGAACAGAAUAGCCGUGUAUUUGGACUGGCCUGCUGGAAUACUGUCCUUUUACAAUGUUUCAUCUGAUACACACAGACUUACACACAUACACACAUUCCGCACAACAUUUAGGGAGUCGGUGUAUCCAGGGUUCAGUGUAGACAAUGGCUCUCUGACUUUGUGCCAGCUGGAAUAAAUGACCAAAUAAAGUAUUAUAAUACUUGAUAAUAAAGACGUAAAUAAUAAAAAUAAAAGGUUAUAUUUUAUGUAUAUGUCAUGAGUUUUCCAGUAUUACAGUCUGGUUUUGUGUUUCUUUUCACCUGUGCAUUCAGUAGGUCUUUUAUUUUGACGUUUGUUCUGCAGGUUACAUUUUUGAGUGCUUGCCUUAGUCCUGGCUUAAUUGUCAGCAUUAGCAUUAACCUAUUGUUUCAAGCCCAGCCAAUCAUUUGUAUUUCACUAUUGUGUUUAUUAAUGUUAAAACUUCACUGUAUUAAAGAACAAGCUGCA